AAAACCUCUCUUUCUCUAUCUUCACCCACAAGAAUGCCAGCUUCUGAAGAUAGAAGAGGGAAAUGGAAACGGAAGAAGCGAGGGGGAUUAUCGGCGGCGAGGAAACCGAAACAAGAGGAGGAAGAUAUGGAGGAAGAAGAAGAAGAGAAUAACAACAACAACAACGAAGAAAUGGAUGACGUUGAAAAUGCCGAUGAGCUUCACCAAAACGGCGGCGCAACUCCCGAUCCGGGACUUGGUAUUGGCGAGGUAGUUGAAGAUUCUGGUUCGCGCAUCUCUGAUUUCCCGGCAGUGGUCAAGCGCGUUGUGAUCCGUCCACACGCGUCUGUAAUGGCUGUUGUGGCGGCAGAGAGAGCUGGUUUGAUUGGGGAGACUAGAGGGCAAGGUUUACUUCCAGCUCUGGAGAACAUUUCGUUUGGGCAAUUGCAAGCGUUAUCUACUGUACCGGCUGAUUCUUUGUCUCUUGAUCUUGAUGGAUCGUCUUCGGCUUAUGUUAUCUCUCCACCACCUAUUAUGGAAGGAGAAGGAGUUGUUAAACGCUUUGGGGAUCUGGUUCAUGUCUUGCCAAUGCAUUCAGAUUGGUUUGCACCAAACACAGUGGAUCGACUUGAAAGGCAAGUGGUGCCACAAUUUUUCUCUGGGAAAUCGCCAAAUCAUACACCCGAAAGUUAUAUGGAAUUCAGGAACGCCAUUGUUUCAAAAUAUGUGGAGAACCCUGAAAAGACACUGACGAUUUCUGAUUGCCAAGGAUUGGUAGAUGGUGUUGACAUUGAAGAUUUUGCACGAGUUUUCCGUUUUCUUGAUCACUGGGGAAUAAUCAAUUACUGUGCCACUGCCCAGUCACAUCCUGGGCCUUCUAGAGAUGUAUUGGAUGUGAGGGAGGAUACAAAUGGUGAGGUCAAUGUGCCGUCUGCUGCUUUAACAUCUAUUGAUAGUUUGAUCAAAUUUGACAAGCCCAACUGUAGACACAAGGGGGGUGAAGUCUAUUCAUCCUUGUCAAGUUUGGAUGGUGACAGCCCUGACUUGGACAUCAGAAUUCGUGAACACCUAUGUGAUAAUCAUUGCAACCAUUGUUCCCGACCGCUUCCAACUGUGUAUUUCCAAUCGCAAAAGAAGGGGGAUACACUCUUAUGCUGUGAUUGUUUUCACCAUGGAAGAUUUGUUGUUGGACAUUCUUGUCUUGACUUUGUAAGAGUGGAUCCAACCAAAUUUUAUGGCGAUCAAGAUGGAGACAAUUGGACUGAUCAGGAAACUCUCUUGCUUCUUGAAGCUGUGGAACUCUACAAUGAAAAUUGGGUUCAAAUUGCUGAUCAUGUUGGUUCCAAGUCAAAAGCUCAAUGCAUUCUUCAUUUUCUUCGAUUACCUGUGGAGGAUGGUCUUUUAGAUAAUGUUGAGGUUCCUGGUGUAACAAAUACGGAAAACCCUACAAAUGGAUAUGACCCCAAAGGAACAGAUUCAAAUGGGGAUUUACAUGGAUAUUCUGAGCAAGGUUCUGACACUGAGAUCAAACUUCCAUUCGUGAAGUCUCCGAAUCCGGUUAUGGCAUUGGUUGCAUUUUUGGCAUCAGCUGUUGGACCUCGAGUUGCUGCGUCUUGUGCCCAUGAGUCCCUCGCGGUUUUAUCUGAGGACGAUAGAAUGAAAUCCGAGGGAGUGCAAGGGAAAGAAGCCAGCUUGCUUGAUGGAGAAAAUCAACAGCAAGAUGAAAACUCAGGAGCACACAAAACAUCAAGCCAAAACGGAGCAGAACCGCCGACUCCACUGCCACAGGAUAAGGUUAUGGCAGCAUUUAGAGCCGGUCUAUCAGCUGCAGCAACAAAAGCAAAAUUGUUUGCUGAUCAUGAGGAACGCGAAAUCCAAAGACUUUCUGCAAAUAUCGUUAAUCACCAGCUGAAGAGGAUGGAGCUGAAGCUAAAGCAGUUUGCAGAAAUUGAAACAUUGUUGAUGAAAGAAUGCGAACAAGUAGAGAAAACCCGUCAGAGAUUUUCUGCAGAACGGGCUCGUAUGCUCUCCGCAAGAUUUGGAUCACCUGGAGGAAUCUCUCCACAGAUUAAUAAUAAUAAUCUCCAAGGCAUGUCUCUAUCCACAGGUGGUAAUAACAUCAAUUCUCUCAUGCAUCAGCAACAGCAGCAGCAGCAACAACAAGCUUCAGCAACUUCUCAACCAAGCAUAAUCCCGGGAUUCAGCAACAACCCGCAAGUUCAUGCACAGAUGCAGUUCAUGGCACGCCAACAACAACAACAACAACAAGCUUUCUCUUUUGGCCCAAGAUUACCUCUCAAUGCGAUACAGACCAAUGCAGGAUCAACAGCUUCACCAAACGUCAUGUUUGGCAACAACCAACUUAAUAACCCUGCAGCAGGAGCAGCAUCAAUCAACCAGCCUUCGUUUAGUCACCCGAUGGUUAGGUCUUCCACGGGUUCAGGCUCAGGGUCCGGCUUAGGCUUAAACUAAGAUCCAUCUCUCUAGCUUAUUUAGCUUAUCAGUCAAGUAUCCAUAUUUAUUUUGCCUUGUUAUUUUAAAGAUAAGUUAUUGGCUUUGAGACCGUAGUGUUGUUCUAAGUUAGUGUCUUGUAGUAUCAAAUCAUCUCUGAACCAUCAUCAUUGUGAAUUAAAACAGUUACCAAUCU